ACACACCACCACCACCACCUCUAACCAAGCCAAAAAAUAAAGUUUAAAUACGAAAAACAAAUAUAUAUAGAUAUGCACUGCUCUCUGUCUGCUCUCUGUCCAGAUGGCAACGAAGCCUAAAAACUAAUCGAAUCCAAACUAAUCGCCAAUUCAUAUUACUUCCCAAGGCUCCACGGCUCUGGGUUUUUAUACGCCCAUGAAGGCCUCACCGAUGGACAGCCUCUUCCAGCUGGGUGUGACCAGAUACGCGCCGCCCGACAGCAGCAGCAGCAGCAGCAACAGCAGUGGGGGCGGCGUCAGCAACAACAGCAGUGGCAGCAACAGCAACAACAGCAGCAACGGCUGCAGUCCAGCAUGUGGUGGAGGUGGAGGAGGAAGCAGCGGCGGUGGCGGUGGCGGUGGCGGCAAGGCAACGACUACGCUGUUCAAUGGCAACGGCAGCAUUGUGGGCCUCGGCGAGGGUCUCAUCAAGGAUGGCGGCGGCAACUGCGCCGACGAGGAGGACGCAGCACAGGCGACCACAAAUGGAGCCGGCGGCAAGAAGGGCAAUUGCGAUGCGGAUGGAGAGGAGGACGAUUAUCAUCCAACGGCGACGCCCGGCGGUGGAGUUGUCUAUAGCGAGGGCACACAGAAGACGGAUCUAUUGUACUGAUUAGAUGACUUAUGCACUGCUCUCUGGAGGAGCUCCCACUCUAUCUGUAUAUCCCAUUAGAAUCCCCCACCCCCCUGUCUGAAAACCGUGCGCUUAGGUGAAAUAUUAAUUUCAGUUAUACAUAAAACAGAAUACAGCAGAAAGAAACACACAGCAAGAUACGUAUAUAUAUAUAUAUAGAUAUUAUUUGUAAGUCGUAAGCCCCAGGAUAUGAAUGAAUGUCAAGCGCGAGAUCCCAACGGAUCCUGUGCCCAUCUGUGUGUGCAUGUGCGUGUGUGUGCGCGUGCGUGUGUGAGUGAGUGUCUUUAAAUAUAUAUAUAUACAUGUGUUUUUUUUUUUUUUCUUUGAAUUAAUAAUGAUUAUUGUACAUGCAUCGAUGGCACUUUAGUGAAGGAACCAACAACCAUUUCGAGUGUUGUUCCACAUUGUAUUUGUAUUUGUAUUCCAUUUACGGUAUUUUUAUAGUAAAUAUACAAGAGGAAGAAGAAAUGCCAAGAAACAAAACAAAAAGCAAACAAAAAUAUAUACUUGGAUAUUUUGCCGAACAUAAAAUUAAACAAGAAGAAAACAUUGUAAAACAACGACAGGUUGUUCCACCAACAACAGCAACAUAAACAACUGAAUCCCGCUUUGGGGUCUUACAUGCAACAUGCGCAUACACAUAUGUAAAUCCAGAUCAGAUCAGAUCAGAUAAGAUCCCCAUGAACAAUAUCUAAGAUUCAUGAGCCCCAGCCCAGCCACAAUCUAAUUUCCGUAUACCCGAUACACACUUCCAAUUUCCCGAUACGAAGCCCGGAAGAAAAGUAAAGGAAAAAUGUAAACAUUUGCCUCAUAAUUAUUAUUAAACAUUUAGCGCUUACAUACCAUAUUUUUUACAAUUGUAUUCCGUAAAUAAAUAUAAAUAUAUACAAAUACAUUCAA